AUGAUAAAGAAGGGAGGUCUGAAGUUGAAGAGCCUGAAAAUUGCCCGUAGCACUGUAGGAAAUGUAAAGGUGAAUGGAAAAAGCAUAGGAAAGGAAGAUGUGAAAAGGAAAAAUGAAGAAAAGCAGAAGAGACUUAAAAUGUACAGGACAAAGGCUAAUAUGAAGAAAAUGAAUACUAAAAUUAAUGAAGUGAGAAGAAUAGAACCAAACAUAAAAUGGUUUAACAAUACGAGAACGAUUAGUCAAAGUAAGUUGGAAAUUUUUCGAAACAAAUUGGAAGAAGCUACACAUGAUCCUUUCAGUAUAGUUAUUAAGAGAUCGAAAAUACCAAUAGAAUUACUUAAUGGAGAAGAAAAUGAUAAUACCACUAAUAGCACCAAUUUUGAAAAGAAGAAAUAUAAAAAUGAGCAUAUGCUAAGAAUAGAAAAUUUUGAUGAUAUAUUUAGUAAAAAGAAAAAAAGGAAAAGGCCUAAAUUAAAUGUUACUAGUUUGGAAGAAUUUGCAAAUAAUGCAAAAAUGAAAUUAACCAAUUAUGAAACAGAAAAAGAUAAUUCUUUAAUUGAAAAAAAAAGUAAAAAUAUAGAAAAAAAAUAUAGUAAAGACCAUUUAUUAAAAAUUGGACAAUCGAAAAGAAUAUGGAACGAAUUAUACAAAGUAAUUGACAGUUCAGAUAUCAUUUUAGAAGUAUUGGAUGCACGCGAUCCUAUAGGAACUAGAUGUAAAAAAUUAGAAGAAAAUUUAAAAAAAGAUAGACCAAAUAAACAUAUUAUACUUAUCAUUAACAAAAUUGAUUUAAUACCAACUAGUGUGGCUCAAAAAUGGAUUCACAUAUUAUCCAAAGAAUAUCCAACCAUAGCUUAUCAUGCAAGUAUUAACAAGCCAUUUGGAAAAAAUGACUUAUUCAAUGUUAUUCGACAAUAUACACAAUUUUUUAAAAAUCAAAGAAAAAAACAUAUUCAUAUUGGUUUAAUCGGAUAUCCGAAUGUUGGAAAAAGUGCUAUAAUCAAUUCUUUAAAAAAAAAAGUUGUCUGCAUUUCUGCAUGUUUACCUGGACAAACUAAAUAUUGGCAGUUCAUCAAAUUAACAAAUAAAAUUUAUCUUAUUGAUUGUCCAGGAAUUGUUCCUUACGAUAUUGAAGAUUCAGAAAAAAUUCUUAGAUGCACCAUGAGACUUGAAAAAAUAACCAAUCCGCAUUUUUACAUAGAUGAUGUUUUUAAAAUGGUUAAUAAAGAACAUCUGCUUCGUAUAUAUAAGUUGUCUCCUGAUCUCGAGUUUCAAAAUUCAGAAGAAUUUCUAGAAAUUCUGGCCAAAAAAAUGGGGAAAUUAUUCAAGGGCGGACAACCAGACAUAACCUCCGUUUCGAAAAUUAUUUUGAACGAUUGGAUUAAGGGAAAAAUUCCGUACUAUGUCGAUCCGGAUGAAUACUUAAACGCAAGGGGAGGAAGACCAGACUCCAUUCCGCACGGCACUCAACAGGGGCUAGUGAUGGAGGAGAGGGUAAAAAUGAAAGUGGAUCAAGAUGGAAUGGACGAUGUGGAUACAGCUAGUGGAGGAGUGGGAGAGGAGGAAGAGGUGGGAGAGGAGGAAGAGGUGGGAGAGGAGGAAGAGGUGGGAGAGGAGGAAGAGGUGGGAGAGGAGGGAGAGGAGGAAGAGGAGGGAGAGGAGGAAGAGGAGGGAGAGGAGGGAGAGGUGCAAUACGACGGAGAAAAUUCAAUAGGAUGA